AUGACUUCUUAAACUACCACCAUUGACGACUCACCAAAGUGCCUUAACACUAACGCUUAGAGGCAGAGAUCUAACGGCAAAUCCCGGCAAUGCCUGCCCAGUGUUUCUCUUGGUUUUGACUACAAAUUGACGCACAAUUCUCUUCGGUGUAAACUUUCAUUGUCUGUCAUCAAACCAUAUCUUGUCCCAUAGUUGGCUGGUUGUGCACAUCAGUCAUGGCUUUGCAACCGCAAUCCUCUGGACUCGACCAGCCAUCCCCUGCCGGUACCACCCGAGACGUCACAAGCGCCGCCCACGACAAGGAACAAGAAGCAAACCCCGAGCCCCCAGCCGAAGGCCCGUUUCUGAGCUCCGAAGACGAGUACCCAGAAGGGGGCACGCGAGCUUGGUCAGUAGUGCUAGGCUCGUGGUUCGCCUCCUUCUCGGCAUUAGGGAUCUCGAACAGCGUUGCAACCAUCCAUGCCUACAUCAGCUCCCACCAGUUGGCCGGCUAUAGCGAAGGCCAGAUCGGAUGGAUCUUCUCGACGUACAUGUUUCUGAUCUUCUUCUGCGGGAUCUAUGUCGGGCCCAUCUUUGACAAGUACGGAUCGAGGUGGCUGAUAUUGUCCGGAACCAUUUGCGUCGUUGCGGCCCAAAUGUUGCUGAGCAUCUCUACGCAGUUCUGGCAUUUCAUACUGGCCUUCGGAGUGCUCAACGGCAUCGGCGGCUCCCUCCUGUUCACGCCCUCCCUCGCCGCAAUCGGCCAUUGGUUCCACCACCGUCGAGGCCUCGCCACGGGCAUCGCCACCACGGGGGGCUGUUUCGGCGGGAUAGUCUACCCCAUGCUGCUCCGCGCCAUGUUCGAGCGCGCGGGGUGGGCCUGGGCGAUCCGCACCGUCGCCUUCAUCGUCCUCGUCUUCUGCGGCGCCGCGAUUCUGCUCAUCGAUACGCGGCUGCCCUCGGCCCCGGACGCAUCGCCGCACCCCGACCUCCGCAUCCUGCGAGACCCAGCGUUCGCCUUGACCACGCUCGGCAUCUUCCUUCUCGAGUGGUCGUUGUUCAUACCCCUCACCUACAUCUCCAGCUACGCCAUCCACCAAGGCUUCGAUCUCGACUUCGCGUACCAGAUCCCGACGAUCCUCAACGCCGGCAGCGUGGCGGGUCGGAUCCUCGCCGGCUGGUUCGGCGACUUUGCCGGCCCGUUCAACUCCAACAUCCUAGCCGUUGCCCUGAGCAUUGUGGCCUGCUUGGCCGUGUGGCUGCCCGCGGGGUCGUCUACGUCAGGCAUCGUUGUGUUCGUUGUCCUUUUUGGCUUUGCCAGCGGAAACAACAUUAGCAUUAGCCCCGUUUGUAUCGGGAAGCUCUGCAAGACGGAGAAUUACGGGCGCUAUCAGGCCACAGCGUACACUGUGGCUUCCUUCGCUUGUCUCCUGGACAUUCCUAUUGCUGGCGAGAUCAUUUCUGCGCAGAAUGGCAGUUAUUGGGGGUUGAUCUUGUUUACAGGUCUGAUCUAUGUCCUUUCACUCGUUGCGUUGAUGGCUGCCAAGGUUAGGUGUGCAGGGUGGAAGAUCACCGCCGUGUUCUAGGUUAUCAGCGGUGCUGAAGAAAGAGAAUAGAAAGGGCGUGAAUUUGAUCGCAAGGCGAAGGCGGACAAGAUGCCUGAAGAUGUACGCUUUGUCCAACAACCUGCAAUAUUUUAGCAAGAUUUGGCUCGUCACAACGAUUCGUUUCAAAUUCGAGAUUCAAGUCGUCAGACCCCUUGGAUUCUUUUUCGAACAUCUGAGACUGUGUUUCAGGCGCGAUGGAAACACAAUUAUUUGGGGAGACUGCGGAUUAAGAUAUUGUAUGCUGUGAUUGAUAAAGGGCCAAUACCCUGGUAGACAGUAUUAGGUGCCUUAGAUAAAGCCAACUUCACUUAGUAUAAAGACUUCGCCUUUUGCAUAGUCGGGAUAUUCGCAUUGUUUCUGAAAAGUGGACAAAUUCGCAAGUGUAAGAUAUUCUUAACUCCCAUCAGCUGAACUAGUAGUUGAAGGAGCAAUUCAUUUUCUCUUUAUUCGUUCUAA